CCCGGCUUCUAUCGACUCGCUCCUACUCGCCUCGCCGUCCUGGACCAAGGCAGAGUGCUGAGCGUGUGUAAGAUGUUUUGACCUUUGGACUUUGCCUAUCAUCUAGCUCCUGGCCCGGUGCAGGCCUCAUUUUUCCCCAGCCAUCAAACAAUGAACACCACCCCAGGCACAGUGGGCAGUGACCCUGUCAUCCUGGCAACUGCAGGCUAUGACCACACUGUGCGCUUUUGGCAGGCACACAGUGGCAUCUGCACUCGAACAGUGCAGCAUCAGGACUCUCAGGUGAAUGCAUUGGAGAUCACACCAGACCGAAGCAUGAUUGCUGCUGCAGGUUACCAACAUAUCCGCAUGUAUGAUCUCAACUCCAAUAAUCCCAACCCCAUCAUCAGUUACGAUGGAGUCAAUAAGAACAUUGCAUCUGUGGGCUUUCAUGAGGAUGGCCGCUGGAUGUACACAGGCGGGGAGGACUGCACAGCUCGCAUCUGGGACCUCAGGUCCCGCAACCUGCAGUGUCAGCGUAUCUUCCAGGUGAAUGCACCCAUUAAUUGCGUGUGUCUGCACCCCAACCAGGCAGAACUCAUUGUGGGUGACCAGAGCGGUGCUAUCCACAUCUGGGACCUGAAGACAGACCACAAUGAGCAGCUGAUCCCUGAGCCUGAGGUUUCCAUCACGUCUGCCCACAUUGACCCUGAUGCCAGCUACAUGGCAGCAGUCAAUAGUGCUGGAAACUGCUAUGUCUGGAACCUGACCGGGGGCAUUGGUGACGAGGUGACUCAGCUCAUUCCCAAGACCAAGAUCCCAGCCCAUACACGUUACGCCCUGCAAUGCCGCUUUAGCCCUGACUCCACGCUCCUUGCCACCUGUUCAGCUGACCAGACAUGUAAAAUUUGGAGGACAUCCAACUUCUCCCUGAUGACAGAGCUCAGCAUUAAGAGUAGUAACCCUGGAGAGUCAUCCCGUGGCUGGAUGUGGGGAUGUGCCUUCUCAGGGGACUCCCAGUACAUAGUCACAGCCUCCUCUGACAACCUGGCCCGGCUUUGGUGUGUCGAGACUGGAGAGAUCAAGAGAGAGUAUGGUGGCCAUCAGAAAGCUGUCGUCUGCUUGGCCUUCAAUGACAGCGUGCUGGGUUAGCCUCUACGCCUUGAGGCUGCACUGGGAAGUCAGGACUGCCUGGCAUAGUGGCUCUAAGUGGAUGAGACUCUCAGGUCAGCCUCUGCAUAUCAGGCCAGCUGGAGCUGAAAAGACUACCCUGGCCCCGCCUGGCCAACCUAGACUUGUUGGCCACUCUACCCUGGGACUCUCUCCAUGCCCAGUCUGUUGUCAGAAGGUUCACCAAGCCAGGCUACAUGUGGAGUAGCCUGGACAGGAAGUCUUUGCUCCCUUUAGACCCACAGGGAUUGGAACUGUUGAGAUUUGAGGUUGGUCCUUAUUUCCCGGAUAUGUUACCCCCCACUUGCUCCUCUCUACCCCUGUACAGGUCCUGAGGCCCCCAGAAAUUACCACUAUGGCCAGGUAAUCUGGGUUUAUUUGUCCUUACUGUCAGCUUCCGUUCAUUGGUGGUGGUGACCUGACCAGCUUGCUGACCUGUGGGGACAGGAUUGGCCUGUGGGACCAAAAGCCGGGAGGGCUUGGUAGGGGGCUUAGUCUGGAAGGUAAUAAAAGCAGACAGACACACAGAUGUUGCUCGGGAAGCAGAUGUCAAUGCAGAGGUAGAUCAGCCGCUGUCUCUGGGGCCCUGGGGAAAAGGGAACUCAUGAGUCCCAAGGGCUCCGACCCAGUACUGUCCUGCAGGAGCCAUAGGCCUGUUCACUCAACCCUUCCCCAACUCACCCUCUGCUCGCUGGGCCCAGUAGAUGGGAGUGUCGGCACAAAGGUGUUGCACCGAAGCUCCCACUUGGGCCGGGUCCACAGUAUGGCCCCCCAAAACUGCCAGCAGCUCCUGGGCAUAGUGGGUCUCUUGGCCAGGUUCAUGGGACUCCUGGGCCUGCAGAAAGACUCUGGUGGGCCAUCAUAUAAUACUUUCUUGAUCCUGGCUGGGUAGGGCAUUCGUGUUCCACCCCAGCCUGAUGGCCCUUCCACCUGCUCUUGUCAACAGCCUCAGUCAGGGGAAGAUAGAGCUUUCUGUUCCCCUGAAACCAGAGCCUUGGCUGGCCCAGCCAGGCUGCACAGAGGACCUUUUGUUUGUCCCCUGGCCUUGGGGAGGGGACUUGAAGGGGGUGGCCAGCCAAGUAGUACUGCUCACCCUGGAAGUGUUCACCAGCAGCCUUAGGGUCUCCCGAUCUUGGGCUUCCAUCAGACGGAGGAAGCAGGCCUGGUGCUCUGCAGGGCGGUAACAGAUGCAGCCCUGGGGAGGCAGACAGGUAAGUCGAGGCCACCCCAUACCUCCACUCUACCCCCCUCCCAAGCUUACUCACACUUUGCCCGUCAAACAGCACAGCCCAGCUGUGGUUGCUCUGAAGCGGAGUCACCACGAUAGUUGCCAUGUUCUGGGCCACGUCCACUAGAGUGGUUUGGUUGGGCCAGGGUACCCUGGAGCUUGAGGUCUUUCGGAGCAUCUGCAGCAAAGGCUAAGGGGUAUUUGGAAUUCAGUCCUAACAUCGGUAUUUCCACAUUACCUGAGUAGGCCUUUGUUCCUGCUGCUCCUCUAUCUGCUCAAGGCCAGUGUUUAAGCCUGGCCCUAUGGAAGGUACUAGCCUUCCUGCUCCCUUCCCACUCUGUAUACCCCUGGGUUUGAGGAGUGGCUCACCUUGGGAGGGCUGUACUUGAAGCCAAGAAGUCCACCAGCCAUGGCCCCUGCAGUGACCAGUGUCAGCAACAGCAGCAGGCCCGCUGCUCUCCAACCCCUAUGGCAGGGUUUGGUCUUCACCUGGGGGCAUAUUACUGUCAGUGCGGCUUCUGGGUUAGAGACCAGGGAGCGACUUGCUCAGGGAAGGGGCUAAUGGUAGGUGGUGACACCCUUGUCUCCUGUGGUGUCCCUGUGUUCUUGUUGGGGGUAGGGUGGGGGGUGGCAGAGACACUCACCUCAACAGGCCUGGACCUGAGGCUCUCGGUGUGGAUGUGCCCUUGCUCCAUGCUGCAGCCCCUGCUGACAAUGCACUGAUUGUCUACAGCCCCUUGGAGGAGUCAGCCAGGGAAACCUCAGGAUGCCUUUGAUGAGUCAAACUGUACCCUCCCCUCCCAAUCCCACCGCUUCCUUCCCAGCCAGUAUCUGAUAUCCUGGGUCAGAGCCAGGACAGCCCUCUCCCCCACUGAUUGCUGGUCAUCAGACAUGUCUCUGGACACUUGGCCUGUGCAGAUCAUGGUUCUGGGAGCGAGUGAAAGCAGGACUUUGGUAGGAAGUCAGAACUGUCUAGAUCUUGGCCAGGACAAUUUGGUCUGGUUUGGCAGUUUAUUUUCUUGGAAUCUGUUACCUCUGGACUCCUCAGCUAGACACAGACCAUCAAUAAAUGUUCAAUGAACCAUCA